UUGUUGCCAGCGGACUGUUUCUGCGUGUUGAGAGAAGUUUCUGCGACAAACACCGCAGCCGGAUCAUAAACACACCGACCUGAAGGAAGAGGAAUGUCGUUUUGUAGUUUCUUCGGCGGGGAGGUCUACAAAGACCACUUUAAACCAGGGAUUUAUGUAUGUUCCAAGUGUGAGCAUCAGCUGUUCUCCAGCCGCUCCAAGUACGAGCACUCGUCUCCCUGGCCGGCCUUCACAGAGACCGUCCACGGGGACAGUGUGUCCAAACAUCAGGAGAGACCUGGGGCGUAUAAGGUGCGGUGUGGGAAAUGUGGAAACGGACUUGGCCAUGAGUUUGUGAAUGACGGGCCGGCCAAAGGGCUAUCUCGCUUCUGAAUAUUCAGCAGCUCACUGAAGUUCGUCCCUAAAGAUAAGGUUGAUGGACAGUAAAGUGAGCCGCCAGAUUAAAGUGCUGCUGGACUUGUAGACUUGUUGCUCUGGGCUGCUGAAGGUGCGGACAGCGGAUGAAGAGUUCCGGGACAAAGCCCAAUCUGGGAGAACCAGGGCUCUGAUGAAUGAUCGUCUCACCGGACAGCAAUAAACAGACGACUGGUCUCAACACCCUUUUUUUAUUAUGCAACUAUCUCAAUCUGCAGGAGAGCCUCAGUGAUAACACAAUCGCCAUCUCAUCAGUUUGACAUUUCCUGAGUUUUAUUUAUAGGGAUUGUCUAAAUAGACCUAUCAUGAUUUUCUUAAUCUAUUUCUUACUGAGAGACUGUUUGUUUACUUUGACACAUUGACCUUUAGUUGUUAUGCUGUCCCCAAAGUGUAGACAAUGUGGGGGAAAUUACCAGCAGACAAAAUAUUGAUUUACUAUUAAGAGGCUGGUGAAUUUGAACAGUUAUCUGUCAGUGACUGGUAGAUGUUCACAUUUUAAUAGAUAUAAAACAUUUCCUACCCUGGUAUGAGUCUAGAUUAAACUUUUCCAAAGAUUACUCACGGUAUUUUAAGAUUUAAUUAAUCAACAAUGGCCUUUACCUACAAUGUUUGGUGUGAUGAUGCAGACAAUGCAAUACAUACUAUUUUCACUUUUGAGAAGCUUUAUGUAAAUGGAUCACAAUGACUUAUAUGGAAAGAACUGAAAUAAAUAUAUUUUAAAUUAAAAUAAAACAAUACUUUGAUCAAACAA